GACACACACUGAAUCACACGACAGGAUGGUGUUCUCGGUGUUGCUUGCUGCUUACGCACUGGCAUUGCUGGCGUUCACCAUCGCCACUCUGCAUGGAUCCAUGCAGAGGCGGAAGCCUAUUUCCAGCAGCGCCGCCGCCGCUGCUCCCAGCAGACCGCCGCCUCCUGGCCCCGCCGGCCACCCACUCCUCGGCAGCCUACUCUACGUCAUCGGCCCUCUCCGCCACAACCCUCACCGGAGCCUCGUCGCCCUCGCCGAAGCCUACGGGCCCAUCGUGUACCUCCGGCUCGGCCUGACCCGCGCCAUGGCCGUGAUCUCCUCCGCCGCCAUCGCGCACGAAGCCCUCGCGAAGAACGACGCGGCGCUCGCGGCCCGCCUCGUCCCGGACAACGUGCGCGCGCUGUCGUACGGCGCCACGUCCAUGGUCUUCCUCCCGAGCUCCGACCAGCUGUGGCGGCAGCUCCGCGUCCUGAUCGGCGCCGGCUUCUCCUCCAGCCACGGCCUCGAGGCCAUCCGCCCCGUCCUGGACCGCCGCGCCCAACAGCUCGCCGAGCACGUGAGGGCGUGCUCCGGCUCCGGUGCCGGCACGCCGGUGAACAUCCGGGAGGCCGUGAACGGCACGGUGCUCAACGUCGUGUCGAACGUCCUCUUCUCCGAGGACGUCGUGGACCUGCGUGAUGACCAGAAGCAGGCACAGUCGUUCAAGAGCCUCGUCGUGCCCGUGCUCGAGGAAUGGUCCAAGCCCAGCGUCUCCGACGCCUUCCCUUUCCUGGCGCCGCUGGAACACCUCCUCGGCUCGCGCCGCCGCAUCUCCACGCACCUAGCCAAGCUGUUCAGGUUCUUUGAUGAAGUGAUCAUUGAGAAACGGUUAGCUUCCGGCAAGAAGCACAAUGACAUCUUGGAUAUCCUCCUCUCCAAGAUGGCCAUGUCCAAGCUCACGCGCCAACAGAUCACUACAUUUCUAACAGAUAUGUUCAUCGCGGCGAGUGACACGAGCACGGUGACGGUGCAAUGGGCGAUGGCGGAGCUGCUUCACCACCCAGACAAGAUGGCGAAGGUGAAGGCUGAGCUUGCUGAGCAACUAGGGUUUAAAGGUUUCGUCACGGAGAGCGACCUCAGCAAGCUGCCGUACCUCCAUGCCGUGGUGAAGGAGACACUUCGUCUCCACCCAGCAGUGCCUCUGAUACCGCGUGAGGUGGUUGCAGACGACGGCGUGUUUCUAGGUGGAUUCCAUGUGCCGAAAGGGACGGGCAUCGUCGUCAACCUGUGGGCGAUUGGAAGGGACGAGAACGCCUGGCCUCGUCCCCAGGAGUUCAUCCCGGAGAGGUUCUUGGCUGCUGGCCAGGAGGUGCACUCGUCAAUGGUGAAAGAGGCGUAUCGGCCGUUUGGUGCCGGGCGAAGGGUGUGCCCUGGAAUGGAGUACACCGCCAGGUCUGUGCCGUUGCUGUUGGCAUCGAUUCUGCACAGAAAUGAGUGGAGACUACCUGCUGAUGGUGAUGGGGUUGGAUUGGAGGGCAUGGACCUCAGGGACCGCUAUGGCACCGUGCUGAAUCCCGCGACCCCCUUGCAUGCUGUGCUGGUGUCUACCGUGUGAUGUGUUGGUCUACAUGUAACACAUCGUAAGGGGGAAAAAUAAAGUGGGAACAAGUAUGUAUGUCUAUAUAUGUUUUGUACCACAGGCAAAUAAUAGAUGUAUAUCACGCGUAGGAUCCAGGAGGCUAGCACACAAGACGACACAUAUUAAUACUUGUUUAUUUAGGUAGAUAAUAUGUGUCCUAUAUAAUCCAGUGUAUGAUGAUGCUUGUAUUGCUUAUGUGGUGUACUGGUUAGGGAGGGUGUGAUUGUGUUGUCCCUUCUUAUAUAGUUAAGAGGGAUAGUGUUAUAGAUGAAGUCCCUUCUUUAUCGCUUUACAGGUUACUUUUGUAAUUGGUUAUAGUAUAAUCUCAAUCUAGUCGAUUUCAAGGAGUCA